AUGUUGCAUGACGUGGGGCUAACGUCGGAGGCGUUUGCGCUGACUCGGAUGUCGUUCGAGUUCCAUGGCGGCAUCUUGGCCCGGGAGUUCCUGUUGAAGGAAGGUGCGUCGCCACGUGUGAGUGACACGGUGGCAGAGGCCAUCUUCAAGCAUAAAGAGAGGAUACACGUGGAUGGCGGUGCCACGUGCGGACAUUCGCCUGAGGGUGUUUUGCUAAUCUUUGGGGCACAUUUGGAUGUCUAUGGGGAAUUUGCGCCUCUCAUACACGUGGACACUAUUGAUGACGUGGUUAGUAGGUUUCCUAGAGCUGGUUUUAGUGAUGUAUUUGGUGGUUUAUUGGAGGAAGAGGUGAAGGUGAAGGGCUUUUGUACCGCCGCUCGGUUCGUGCAAAGUGGUGGUCUAGAUAAUUUGAAAAAUAAUCGGCUGUUCGCAAAAUAUGAUCGUUAA